GAGCGCAGCGCCCACCGCUGGGUGGUCAGCAAGCGCGGGUCUGGCGGAGCGCGGUGGCGCGCGGAGACCGCGAGGCGACCGGGGGCGGCUGGGUCCCCGGCGGCGCGGCCCUCGGCCGGGCCGGGAGACGCGCCAGUCGGUGCCCCAGGCCGAGCGCGGCCCGCCUCCCUCUCAGCGAUCAUCCGUCAGGAGUGCGGCCAGCGGGCAUGCCAGAUCCACCAGGGGCGCCGCCGCCGGCGCUCGCAGGCCGCGGGUAAAGAAAGUGCAGCCUCGCUCGGCCCGGAGCGAAGAGGUGGCCCGGAACGAAGAGGUGGCUCGGAGCGAAGAGGUGGCCCAGAGCGAAGAGGUGGCCCGGAGCGAAGAGGUGGCUCGGAGCGAAGAGGUGGCUCGGAGCGAAGAGGUGGUCCAGAGCGAGGAAAUGGCGGCAGCCGGGCUCAUCGUGACCGUCACCCACAGCAAUGAGAAGCAUGAUCUUCAUGUUACCCCGCAGCAGGGCUAUAGUGAGCCAGUUGUCCAAGACCUGGCCCAGGUUGUUGAAGAGGCCACAGGAGUCCCACUGCCUUUUCAGAAACUUAUAUUUAAGGGAAAAUCUCUGAAGGAAAUGGAGAAGCCAUUGUCAGCACUCGGAAUACAGAAUGGUUGCCGAGUCAUGUUAAUUGGGAAAAAGAACAGUCCAGAGGAAGAGGUUGAACUAAAGAAGUUGAAAGAUUUGGAGAAAUCUGUGGAGAAGAUAGCUGAUCAACUGGAAGAGUUGAAUAAAGAGCUUACUGGAAUCCAACAGGGUUUCCUGGCCAAGGAUUUGCAAGCUGAAGCUCUCUGUAAACUCGAUAGGAGGGUAAAAGCCACAAUUGAGCAAUUUAUGAAGAUCUUGGAAGAGAUUGACACACUGAUUCUGCCAGAAAAUUUCAAAGACAGUAGACUGAAAAGGAAGGGUUUGGUGAAAAGGGUUCAGGCAUUCCUAGCUGAGUGUGACACGGUGGAGCAGAACAUCUGCCAGGAGACAGAGCGGCUACAGUCCACGAACUUGGCCCUGGCCGAGUGAGGUGCUCAAUAAAUAUUUGGAGAAUGAAUGAAUGUCGAUCGCACACAUCUACAAUGAAAUUCCGACAGCUGCACUCCGUCAGCACUGGAAUUUACAGCGUCAACAACCAUUGUUUGAUUUGAGGGUGGAGAAGAGAGGCCCUACAGCGCGGACAACUGGGCAUGUGUGCACAGCCCCCCUUUCCCCCCCCCCCAGAUCUGCACAUCCACGGGGUGUCCCUGCCUGUGAACAGGUAGAGAACACUCCUCGCUGCCCACUUUCCUGGGACAUGGCCAGUCCUGCUAUAAGGGGAGCCGAUGGGGCUCUGUGAUCCUGUAAACAUCCUUCAGCCUCACAGGGCUGGAAGAAUUCUCCCACACAUUGUUUAGUCAACGAUUUCUACUUAUCCUUUAAGACUCAGCAUUAAGGUUAUCUUCUCUGAGAUGCCCUUCUUCCUUUGGUAGUCAGAGCUGUUUUAACUGAAAUCACCAGAAACCGAAUUCCAAAGAGAUUGUUGAAAUAGAAAAUUUAUUGGGGUGCCUGGGUGGCUCAGUCAGUGAAGCAUCCAACUCUUGGUUUUGGCUCAG